UAUACACACACAUAACACUCAUCUACUCAUUGUUGAGUUAAGGGUUGAAUUGUCCAUCCUUGUUCUACUCUCUGUCACUAUUUUUCUAAAUAUAUGCAAUUACAGUAGAUGGCAGUAUUGUCCUGUUUCAGAGUGUCACAACAUUGCUGUUUACGGUAGAUGAAAACGUGACUGCUGUUGUUGUGUGUUGUUACCGCUGGGAGGGCGUUAAUGAAACUGCCUUACAAUAAACCCACAUAAGAAACCAAGAACCCGCCCUCGAUCAUUCUAUAGUUAUAAAGUCAUCGGGCAGGGCCGCUGUUUAUAUUGUGGGAAAACGGACGUGAAAACAGGCCGUCCUCACUCAGGUCCGCAUGGAGCUGGAGGGGGCGUAGCCUCCAGCUCUGCUUGAAUUACGGGAGAUUUUUGCGAGAAAAUUUGUCCCGGGAGGUUUUCCGGAGAGGCGCUGAAUUUCGGGAGUCUCCUGGAAAAUCCGGGAGGGUUGGCAAGUAUGCACUAGUGUGCCGCGGCGCAGUGGUUGAAAAACACUGCUGUAGGUACAUCAUCAAACACAUCCCUACAGACGGAUUAGUGGCAGAAUAAUAAAUAGUAUUGACGGACGGAUGUUCCACAGAACCAAAAGUGCAUUACAUUACACGUUUGAAGUGUUGUGGUUUGCUGUGAAGAAGGUGACGUCUAACUCUGCCUUAACCACAUAAAUAGUUUAUUUAACACUUGAUCCUCAAAAAACCCGUCGGUGUUUGCAAUAUGUUGACUAUUGGUUGAUUUCAUGGCGACAUCGUAACAUAAAAGAUGAACUGUCUUGUUACGUCAUCCGCGUCUACCUUUCCGUCCUUCAAACUUGGAAAGUCCUCCUCUUUUCGCCUCCCGUGAACGCAGCACUCCGUCGUCAGCCCCGAGCGCAGACUGACAGGCGAGCGGCGGACCUGAUCGGAACCAUGAGGUUCGGACUGACGAUCGUGUUGUUGGGCUUCGUGUGCGUGUCGGAGUGUGCUCCCCCGACGUGUUACUCCAGGGCACUCGGCCUCAGCAAGGAAGUCAUGACCCUUUUGGAUAAGAUUCACACCUACCAUCGCACGAAAACCUGUGCUCGCCAUCUUCCCGCCAUCUUCCUGGAUGUGCAUAACUCCUGCAUCACUACCAAACUGCGCGACUUCCUCUACGUGGUUCUCAACCACCCCAGCCAGUUCUGCAGGGAGCGGCCCAGGAUCCUGCUGCUCAAACGCAAAAUCCAGAACUUGUACUCCAUCAUCUCAAGGAUUUGUUACCGGGACUUGGUGUUUUUCACAGACGACUGCGAGGCCAUCGACACGGGACACAGCAGGCCUCACUUUGCAGAGGACAGGCUUCAGCUUCUGCAGGAGGAGAGAUAAGACGCCCACAGAGUAGCAUGAAAGAAGCACUCAAAUAGAAAUUAAAGCUGCAAGCAGCGAUGGACGGGACCGACUUUUGCUGGUGUUUUCUGCCUUUACCCAUUCAACAUAUCUUUACCUGCACAUUACCUACCUUCCCUGCAUCCUGGGAUCACGCUGGUGUUUUUUUCUUUCACCCAUACACGCUGGUGCUUCCUGCCAUCACCCAGACAACGUAUCUUUACCUGCACAUUACCUACCUUCUCUGUAUCCUGGAGUCAAACUGGUGCCUCCUUCUUUCACCCAGUCAACAUAUCUUUACCCGCACACUACCUACCUUCUCUGCAUUGUGUGGUCACGCUGGUGCUUCUUGCCAUCACCCAGACAACAUAUCUUUACCUUCACAUUACCUACCUUCCCUGCAUCCUGGGGUCACACUGGUGCUUCUGUCUGUCACCCAUACACGCUGGUGCUUCCUGCCAUCACCCAGACAACGUAUCUUUACCUGCACAUUACCUACCUUCUCUGUAUCCUGGAGUCAAACUGGUGCCUCCUUCUUUCACCCAGUCAACAUAUCUUUACCCGCACACUACCUACCUUCUCUGCAUUGUGUGGUCACGCUGAUGCUUCCUGCCAUCACCCAGACAACGUAUCUUUACCUGCACUUUACCUACCUUCUCUGUAUCCUGGAGUCAAACUGGUGCCUCCUUCUUUCACCCAGUCAACAUAUCUUUACUUUACUUUACUUUUAUCUUUACACUACCUACCUUCUCUGCAUUGUGUGGUCACGCUGGGGCUUCCUGCUUUUAAGCGGCCAGCAGCAUCAGCGUAGCGGUUCUUUGAAGGCUCGUAAAAUCAAAACCGGAGCAGUUAGAAAAACUCUUUCAUUAAAUUUUAAUCAGAAGGGUUCAAUCUCUUUCCUGUGCGAGUUUGAAGCCGACACAACAAACGCGCUCAGAGGAGAUAAUGUUUGAAAAAAGGUGACAGGUUUUUACAAAACUUUUGUUUUGAUGCGGUAAUUGCCAAACUCCUAUUGAUUUAUGCUGAAGGAUUUCAAUGAAUGAAAUGUAGGUCUAAGUGAGACCUACAUAGAGGUUUUUGUUUCAUGUCUCCACGACAUUCCUUUUGGAAGUUACAAACAGUUUUGUCUGUGUUUUCUUCCUAGGAGCAGUUUUGUCUGUUUUAUUCCUAAGGGGCUCUAGAGCGAAAUUUUUUUUUUUUUUUUUUUUUUUUUUUUAGAUCGCAAUUUUCGCCAGUUCUGAUGUGUGUGUCCAGUUUGGUGAGUUUUGAAGCAUUUUAAGAGGGUUAAAUUACAGCUCAAAGAGGCAAAAUUGACAUUUUUUAGGAAACUUUUGUUUUGAAGGGGUUUUUGCCAACUUGCUGUUGAUUUUUGCUGAAGGAUGUCAACGAAUGAAAUGCAGGUCUAAGUGAGACCUACAUAGAGGUUUCUGUUUCCUGUCUCUAUGACAUUCCUAUUGGAAGUUUUGUCUUUGUUUUCUUUCUAGGAGCAUUUUUGUCUGUUUUAUUCCUAAGGGGCUCUAGAGCGCAAUUUUUUUUUCUUUUUUUUUUAAAUUUUUUUUUAAGAUCGCAAUUUUCGCCAGUCCUGAUGUGUGUGUCCAGUUUGGUGAGUUUUGAAGCAUUUUAAGGAGGUCAAAUUACAACUCAAACAAGCAAAAAGGACAUUUUUUAGGAAACUUUUGUUUUGAAGGGGUUUCUGCCAACUUCCUGUUGAUUUUUGCUGAAGGAGGCCAAUGAAUGAAAUGUAGGUCUAGGUGAGACCUACAUAGAGGUUUUUGUUUCAUGUCUCUACGACAUUCCUAACGGAAGUUACAAACAGUUUUGUCUGUGUUUUCUUCCUCGGAGCAGUUUUGUCUGUUUUAUUCCUAAGGGGCGCUAGAGCUCAAUUUUGAGUUUUGGGGUUUGGUUUUAUUAUUAGAUGGAAGUUUUUGCCAGUCCUGAUGUGUGUGUCCAGUUUGGUGAGUUCUGAAACAUUUUAAGGAGGUCAAAUUACAGCUCAAAGAGGCAAUAUUGACAUUUUUUAGGAAACUUUUGUUUUGAAGGGGUUUUUGCCAACUUCCUGUUGAUUUUUGCUGAAGGAGGUCAAGGAAUGAAAUAUAGGUCUAAGUGAGACCUACAUAGAGGUUUUUGUUUCAUGUCUCUAUGACAUUCCUACUGGAAGUUAAAAGCAGUUUUGUCUUUAUUUUCUUUCUAGGAGCAUUUUUGUCUGUUUUAUUCCUAAGGGGCUCUAGAGCGCAAUUUUGAUUUAUUUUUAAUUUUUUUUUUUUUUUUUUAUUAGAUCGCAAUUUCCGCCAGUCCUGAUGUGUGUGUCCAGUUUGGUGAGUUUUGAAGCAUUUUAAGGGGGUCAAAUCACAGCUCAAACAAGCAAAAAGGACAUUUUUUAGGAAACUCUUGUUGAUUUUUGCUGAAGGAGGUCAAUGAAUGAAAUGUAGGUCUAAGUGAGACCUACAUAGAGGUUUUUUUUCCCAUGUCUCUACGGCAUUCCUAACGGAAGUUACAAGCAGUUUUGUCUGUGUUUUUUCCUAGGGGGCGCUAGGGCGCAAUUUUGAGUUUUGGGUUUUGAUUGGAUCGCAAUUUUCGCCAGUCCUGAUGUGUGUUAAAUUUGUUGAGUUUUGAAGCAUGUUAAGGGGGUCAUAUUACAAAGAGGCGACGUUAUAAUAACAAUAGAACCUUAGAAAUACAAUAGGGUCCUGUGUCCCAAAGGGACAUUCGGUCCCUAACAAGUAGUUAUGUAUUUAUUUGAAUACUCUGACUUAGCUGUACGCUCAAGUUAGGGACACGCAUGGCUACAUUCCUGCGAUGAGGGCAGGACUUUCCACAGGAAAUUUGCUGAAUGCCAACCAUGCCGACGCAAACCUUGAAAUAAUAAACCAGCGAGAGAUGCCGGGGAGUCGGGCUCCAGUGCUUUCUUAAGCAGAGCCCAUCAAAGCUGGGUGUUGUUGAGAGAAAUAGGCGGUGUUGUCGUAACCCUUGCAGGGACUGGGAUGUCUUGAAAGGAACUCUAUUUGCAAAGUUAAAAAAAUAAAUAAACAAGUACAGUAGCACUGCUUCCAGUCAGAUGCAUUUUUUGUGUAGCGCUGAAGCAAUAUUGACACCAAAAUAUCUCAUUACUGAAAGAGCAUGUUAUUGUAGUUUAUCUAACGCUUGUUUGUCGACUAUAUUUGAAAGAUAACGCAAGAAUAAACAUUUCGCGUAAUUCCACAGUA